AUGGCAAGUCCAAGAACCAGGCGAGUCCUAAAAGACCUGAAAUUAAAGGACGGCAAUAACAAUUGUUUUGAAUGUGGGAUGCACAACCCUCAGUGGGUGAGUGUGACCUAUGGCAUCUGGAUCUGCCUGGAGUGCUCAGGAAAACAUCGCAGUCUGGGAGUACAUCUGAGCUUUGUGCGAUCUGUGUCCAUGGACAAGUGGAAGGAUUCCGAGCUGGAGAAGAUGAAAGUUGGUGGCAACAAAAUGUGCCAGGAGUUUUUCCUCUCCCAACCAGACUUUAAAGAAAGCAUGAGCCUGCAAGAAAAGUAUAACACCAAAGCUGCGGCUCUGUUGCGAGACAAAGUAGCAACGCUGGCAGAAGGCAAAUCCUGGAGUAUAGAGAUGUCAUCAGCUCAAACUUAUUCAGCAUUCCAGCCAUCCCGUCUGGCAUCCUCAUCAUCGGCUUCUUGCCUGUCGUCUGGUCAGUCUGCGUCUGGUGACAGUGGGGCAUUUCACAGCAGCAGCAGUCUGGGCAACUUGGGUGGAGCAUACAACCCUGGCUAUCAAGAUUAUGACUCUUUACCAAG